AUGACUCGUCCUAUUGCUCUACUGAUUGGUAAUAUCACCCACGCAAAGAAGGAAUGGCAAGCUCUUGCAGAGAUUGCAGAUCUAAAGGAAAUAAUAUCCGGAACUCGCGAAUCUAUACUUGCCGACUUCAAAGCUGGUAAAUAUGACGGUGUCGUAGCGAUCUAUAGAACCUUUGAUUCCGCGCAGUUCACCGGAAGAUUCGACAAGGAACUUAUCUCGACUCUCCCAAGUAGCCUGAAAUUCCUAUGUCAUAACGGAGCUGGCUACGAUCAAAUCGACAUUGAGCCAUGUUCUCAGCGCGGCAUCUUCGUUGCUCAUACCCCCACAGCAGUGGAUGCUGCGACUUCAAACAUCGCAAUUAUGCUUCUACUCCAGACCCUCCGACGCUCUUACCAGGCUGAAAGCUCUCUCCGAAACGGAAAAUGGCGUGGAGACCAGCCACUCGGACACGAUCCUGACGGUAAAAUCUUAGGUAUUCUUGGGAUGGGGGGUAUUGGAACAGCACUUGCGGUACGAGCGGUAGGGUUCGGAAUGAAUAUUGUGUAUCAUAACCGUAAGCCCGUUCCAGAUGAGGCAAACCCGACGGGUGCACGGUAUAUCGCCAGCUUCGAAGAGUUUUUGGGAACAUGCGAUAUCAUCAGUGUCCACUUGCCGCUCACUGAAAAAACGAGGCAUUAUAUUGGCGCAAGAGAGUUCGGGAUGUGUAAGGAUGGUGUGAUAAUUGUAAACACUGCGCGAGGGCCAGUGAUAGAUGAGAAUGCGUUGGUGCAGGCGCUUGAGAGUGGGAAGGUGGGAGGGGCGGGGUUGGAUGUAUUCGAGGAGGAGCCGAAGAUACAUCCGGGGCUGAUGGGGAGGAAUGACUGCAUUUUGUUUCCACAUCUCGGAACAUUCACGUAUGAGUCGCAGCAUAAAAUGGAGAGCUUGGUGAUCAACAACGUUAGGUCCGCGAUAGAGAAGGGGGCACUACUCACGAUGGUACCUGAGCAGAAGGGAAAAAUAGAUGAGAUCAAAUCGAAUGGGCGGGCGUCGCCAAAGUUGUAA